AAUUUGAGAAUGACUAUGGCUUGACUAGCGUACAGCCCUAUCGGAAGGUGAUGGGGCAACUCCUAAAAUGUAAAAUGGUGGUGGUGCAAGUCUGCGCCAGUGGAAGUGUGCUGAUUAGCUGGAUCAAGUUGGAGAGAAAAGCACACCACAGUAUAUUGUUACGGUCUUAGCUGGCUGAGCACUGUCGCCAUUCGCCGUCCGCCGCCUCCACACUUUUCUUCCCUUAGCAGCGAGAGAAGAGCUGAGGAGAAUGCCGCUAGUUCGAUUUGAGUUAAAGAAUGAGUACGGCUUGGGGGACCCCAGGCUUUACCAGGGAGCUCCAAAGGAGGAGGAGGAUCCCAUGAACAUUUUGGGUGGAGUCACCGUCUCCGGCCUCGUCGGGAUCUUGCGGCAACUGGGCGAUCUCGCAGAGUUGGCUGCAGUUGUUUUCCAUGGUGUACAUCAACAAGUGAUGACUACAGCAGCUAGAGGACAUAAAGUGCUAAAUCGCAUACGAAAGAUUGAAGCCACACUACCACAAUUUGAGAUGGCUGUUCAAGGGCAGAGAAGUCACAUCCAUUUUGCUUAUAUAGCAGGCUGUGACUGGCAUGCCAAUAUCCAGAUUAGCCGAUGUCAACCUUUUUUCAGCGAUUUACCAGAAUUUAUGUUGGAUUCUUACGAAGAGUGCCGUGAUCCACCACGUCUCCACUUGCUUGAUAAAUUUGACGGUGCUGGUUCUGGAGCUUGUCUGAAGAGAUAUUCUGAUCCUUCCUAUUUUAGAAUCGCUAGUUCCGAUCGGGUAAUGGCUGAGAAAGCAAACAGUAGAACGAAGGCUCAAAGAAAAAAGAAGCAAAGAGCAAGAGGACUGCAUGGAUUUGCUCAUCAUUCUAUAAAUAUGACCCUGCGUGGUAGGAGCAGCAUACAGCUUGGGUCAUUAAUCACAGACCGGCUAAGCUUUUCAGUUGAUGAGGCGUCCAUUUCAGAUACAUUAUCAAUCCCUGGUUCAGACAAAAGAUCUGGUUGUAUCGAAGUGGAGGAUUCACCUAAAUUAAUGUCCAAGGAAAUGUAUGAUGGUAUGCUUGCCCCAGAUGUAGAAACCACAAAGAAAGUUGAUAGCGUUUUCAAUAAUGACAAUAAAGUUGCUUUCAGUGGUUGUGAUGGAAAGCUUGAAAUGGUAAAUACAGUUAGCCAGAUGCUAUGGCAUGAUAUACGUGUAGACAGAUUGAAAACCAAAGCUGCUGAACUUUUUUGUUCAUCAUCUAAUAGGAAUCAUUUAACCAAUGGCCUUGGAACUCAAGGGGAACAUAAUUCCAGGUCUUUGACGUGGGAUGAAAAUGCAACUGAUAGUCUUGGUGCAUGUGUAAAAACAAUCUCUACCUUGUCUUCUUCUAUAUCCAAAGAAUAUGGAAGUGGUAAUCCUGAAAUUUGUGACAGAUAUGUUUUCAGCACAUAUUCUGCUGCAACGAAUGAAAAGGCUGAAAUUAUAAAGCCUUCAAGUUCUAAAUUUUCUGAUGGCAUCAUUCUUUGUAGGGCUCCAGAUCCGGAUUUGUUAUCUGUAACUCUUGAAACUACAAAUUGGCUGAAUGAAAUGGAUGAUAAUGAAAUGCAUGGCCAAAACAAUUUUUUGCCAGAUACCAUAAAGGUGGAAGUGCCUUUUACAGAGGGAGGCCAAAUUAAUGAACUCAUGAGUCAGUUAGAUGAGCACAUGGAUGCCACUAAUGCUUUGGACUCCAAGGUUCAAACAAAUUUUGGGCGCGACAAUGAACAAGAAGUGAUAUUAUUGCCUCAUUUGAAUUAUAAUGGGAUGGAAUGUGAAAUUAGUCAGACUCUGGCGGUCACCUCCCCUAGUUUAGAUUGUUUAGAUAGUGGAAUUGAUCACGAAGCUCACACUUCAUUGAAGAAAAAUUUCCCUCUUCAGGUUAUUUUUGAUCAUCUGCAGUCAUCAGGCCCUCCCGAAUUUGAGAAUAUGUUGCUUUAUUCUGUUAGAAAUUCCGUAUCUGAAUGUCUGACUGAUGAUUGUACUAUGAAAAAUGACUCCGAAAGGAUUGACAGCACUUCUUGCCUUGGAUUGAUACCACAAGCUGGAGCCUUUGAUGGGAUUCCGCUUGAAGAUUUGUUGGCUCAAAAUUCUCUUGGCGAUAAAUCUGGUAAAACUAUUGGUGAAAAAGAGGCACUUUGUGAACACCGAACUAAACAGGAAAUAGAGUCAAGAGCUGAUUCAAAUUGUCUUGGUGCAGAUUCUCUAUCUAGUACUGAAAAGGUGAUUGCUGCUACAAAACUGGUUUGCCCGGAUUCUAAAAUUCAUGCAGUUUCUCAUAACAGCGCUUCUUUUCCUGCGGUUAUCAUUCCUUGUGCACUGGCUGUGGUCGUUGAUGAGGUUCCACCUAAAGAAUCCUCGUCUCAGGAUUAUUUCAGUGAAACUUCUGCCAAGACUGCUAGUGAAAAAAAGGUCUUUUGGGGACUCCAAACUAAACAGGAAUCAGGGUCAACAGAUGAUUCAAAUUGUCAAGGGACUGAAUAUCAAAGCAGUAUGGAGAACGGAAUUGCAGUUUCAAAAUUGGAUGAUUCCGAUUUUGAUACACAGUUGGCAUUUCUUAACGGUGGCCCUUGUCCUGGGUUUAUCUUUCCUACUAUGCAGGUUGAGAUCAUUGAUGGUAUCCCACCUGAAGAAUCCUUGGCUCAGGAUUCUUGUGGUGAUACUUCUGCAAAAACUGCAAAAGAAAAGGAGGUGCUUUCCAAACACCAAAAUAAACAGGGAACAGAGUCAAUGACUAACUCAAAUUGCCAAGGGACUUAUCAAAUCAGUAUGGAAAUGGUGAUCCCUACUUCAAAUUUUGAUGGCCCCAAUUCUGAAACUCAUGUAGCUUCUUGCGGUUCCUCAGAUGCCUGUGCUUCCUCAACAUCAUGUGGUCUGAUCAUCUCUAAUAAUGUGGACAAUUUAAGUUUUUCAACCAUUAGUUCUGAUGUUGCUAGCUCCAGAAGUCCUAUUAAUGAUUCUUCACCUAGAAAUGAUUUUGAAGAUCCCCGUGGCAUUGUAUCUGCUCAUUUAACUAUUAAACCAGUGAUCUUACCUUCUGAUGUUACUGCAGCCACAGCUGUAGUGUCUCAAGUUUUUCCAGGUGACUCCUGUAGAAAAUCUUCAAUAAAUAUAUGGACCAAUGGAGGUCUUUUGGGACUUGAACCUUCAAAACCUUUAGAUAUUAGUGCUCCAAAUACUUAUAUGGGUGAAGAUAAUUAUGAUGGAGGAUCAGCUGCAAACUCACAACCCUGUGUUUUCGCUAGUGGAAAUGAUUCAAAAAAAUUGUUUUUCGAGACUAAUAAAUUGAAUCUAAUAUCCUACCCCCAAAGAGAUGUCACUAUAUGUAAAAUAUCUGAUGAUCAAAGUGAUUCUAUGCUCUCCAAGCAACGUGCUAAAGGCUCCAUUCAAGCUUCUUCAUUUUGUAAGUUUGACAAAGCUCAAAAUGCAUACUUUAAUGGCACAGGUUCAGAAAUUGACAGAGUUCAGGGAAAAGAAGGUGAUAUAGUUUCUUCUGAAGCUGAUAUAUAUACCAAAAAUAAUUUAUCAAAACAAAGAAAUGUCAGCAUGUCAGUUGGCUUUUCAAGCCUUGCGCGUAGAUUUCUUGUAAGUAGCCUUCCAAGGAAAUCACCAAUGAUUGGUAUUGGCCCAUUAUAUGAACUGAUGAGCAAUAAUGUCGACAAAUUACAUAAUACUAAAAAUAAUAGCAAGGAUAAUGAAAGGACCAAACUAACAGUAUCUUCGGUUCCAUCACAUAAAUUGGGAAACAAAGAAGAUUCUGCACAUGGAUUUUCAGAGAAGCUUGUAUGUCACAGUUUUGAUUCUUCAGGAUAUCAGUCUCCGCCACUGGAACAUAUGAAAUUCUCUCUUCAACAAAUGAAUGACUCAGAUGUUCCCAAUCUGAAUCUGGAAUUUAUUAGUAGUCAGCAAGAAGGAAACACGGGAAACGCUAUUUUUCCAUCAUUUCAGUUAAUUUCUGAAUCAUUUCAACCUCCGUUGGAUGGUGUUUCAGAAUCUGAUGAUGACACAUUCUGCAGAUCCUGUCCUUAUUCUUCUGAUGAUCUUCUCACCCUACAUUCAGAGUCAGAUGCAGAAAUAUGGGGAGAGGAUGAAAUCGAUAUUCCAAAUAAAAUUAAGGCAACUGGUUCCAUUUCAAACUUCAUCGAAUUUAAUGAAUGUAAUGCUUGCAGUGUAAGCCAGGUGAACGAGGUUGCAAAUAUAAAACAUGUACGUGAAUAAGCUGUAUAUUUUUCUUCAAUAUUUGUAAUAUAGCUGGUGUCUCUAGUGUUACUUUAAUUUCAAGUUGUAAGGAAAUGAUAUGCUCAAUUCACCUGC